CUGAUACAGCAUUAGGAUUAGCAAGAUCAGGAGCUCUAGCGGAUACGGCUGAAACAUUAUCCAUCAGUGAUGAACAUGCUUUAUCUGUUUUAUGGCCUCGUUCUACUAAAGAUCUCUCACAUACUAAUACACCUAAAGAAUUAUACAAUGAUUUACUUAAGUUGAAAAGACGUGAGAUUGACCUGGACUUGCACGGAGUUUUCAUAUCAGAUUAUUAUCGUGCCAAAAGAAUCCCUAGGGGAUUCAGAAACGCCCCCACUAUUGGGAGACAAAAUCCAGAUUUUUGCAAACGCUGGAUCAAUAUUGCAAACAAGUGCUCACUAGAUUGGAUGGUCAUAGUAGUAGAGGAGGUCGGGAAGGAGUUAAUCCAGGUGAAGAAAUCCAUUCAGGAAUUUGAAGCAACUAAUAUCACUUCUUUACAAGCACCAACAGCAAAUGAGAUGUUGAUUAAAUUACAAGAUGACAUUCAUAAAUAUCAGAAUGAUUUAAUCCGUUUAAAAAAACAAAAAUUAAGUAAAGUUAACCACGACUAUACACAUCAUCAGGUGUAUAGAUGGCUUAGUGGUAUGGGCAUGAACACUAGGAAUGCUCCUCCCAGAUUUAGACCUCGUAUCUCUAGACCCUCCUUACAGACGAUUGACAUCAGUUCAGGGGAAUCGGCUUCCGAUGCAGAGUCCAAAGACACUAGACAUCAGUCCAGACCUGAACCUUUUUUAGGAGUGGGCAUCCAUCAUCAGGACCCUCCAGGCAUGAGUACAGAAGCCAGCGGCACAGAAAAAAGAGACCACCCAGGCGAGGGAAAAAGGGUCACCAGAUAUGCCAACACAGCUGCAAAACCCCCAUCACAGAAGAGACGUCCGUAG